AUGACCACCACGGUCCUGGCAACCACAACGACCAGGACAAAGCGGCGCGAACCGCUGGAAACGAUGGCGAUGGAAGCGCGCUCUGCGACCGUGGCCGGGGGAGCCGGUAAGGGCAAGGAACGGAGGACUACGCGACUCAGCGCAAGUAAACACGAGCUCGACAAGAGCACAAGCAAGCCUGGGAAGCGAUCAGCUGUAGAAUACGAGGAGGAUGCGGAAGACUUCCAGUUCUCUCUUCUACCGUCAAAGAAGUCCCGGCCAUCUGUCGAACCGAUUCCAGAAGGUCCAAAAUUGGACACGGAGAAUGCGCCACCCAAAUCAACACCAAAAAGAGGACGGCCGCGAAAAAAGCAAGCAGGCGACGAAAUAACUUCAAGUGCUAUACCAGCAAAUGGGAAAAGCGUGGAGCUUCCAAGUAGGAGACCAAAGCGUGGAACAGCAAAGACUGCACAGACGGAACCAGAACCUCAACCCACAAACAACAUGCGCUCAUCACGAACUCGCGAUAGUCCAGAACACCAGCCGGAGGCAAAGAAGCCAAAGAAAGCAGGACGACCACCAAAAAACAAAGCGCAAACGCCAGUUCCCGAGUCAAACGAAUAUAGGUCCCCGGUACAACCAGCAGGUACGAAGGUGGCACUGCCAGUGGCCGAUACGCCAGUAAUCCAGCGCAAUAAAGAGCUCAGAGGUGGAAAGGGCGAUAAAGGUGAGAGAGGGCGGCGGCGCAGCAGCUUAGGUAUGCGGGGACGAAGGGCCAGCUCUCUGAUUGAUUCAGGGACAUCGAAUGCUUUACCCCACCGAGAGGUUGGCACAGCAGACUUUUACAAACACAUCGCUGAUGAUGGGCUUCCGGAGCCACGGCGAAUGCGACAACUAUUGAUUUGGUGUGCGACUCGUGCAAUAGGAGACAAGCCCACGGGAGGCUCGAACUCGGACGAUCAAAGUGCACGCUUAGCAGCUCGUGUGAUUCAGGAGGAGAUCCUUCGAGAAUUCUCAACAACCUCAAAUCUUUCCAACUGGUUUGAUCGUGAGGACUUAAACCCUCCUGCCGUAGUCGUCAGAAAGCCGAACCCUCGAAACGUACAAAAUUCCGAAAAGAUCAAGGAGCUGGAGGAGCACAUACAGAGAUUACAAAAAGAAAGGCAGUCACUCAACGCGCUCCUCCGCCAGCCACCCAUCCCAAAACUCGAACCCUUCACUCAAUCCCACAACAACCUACAACCGCAGAACCAAUCUUCGAGUAAACCACAUCUCGAAGAAAUAGAUCCUUCUCUCCUUGACCCCUCACAACAAGCCAUAUUGGCAUCUCUGAAGCCUCCAAGCCGAUCAGAUGGCGAUGUACCAGCUCCUCCCUCUUCAAGAGGGACAGCCAACGCCACGUCGACCAGGACGCCCUUCGGUCUUCCCACCCGUUCCCCCGACGCUCCCGCGCAGGCUGCCCAACAUGGAGAUAGCAAGCCGUCGGAUAGCGAACCGUCGCCGCGUGUUCGUCCUGAGACGUCAGCUUGGUCCGCAGAAUUAUCCCGUCUCACCUCAGGUCUUGCGCCCACUGUGGAUGUCUUGGCUGCCGGUGUCCACGACAUUGAACUCUACCGCGCAGCAGCAGACAAAGUCUCCUCUCACAUCCUCCGAAUCUGCGCUCGACGCCUCGAGGAGCGAGACGCGCACCAUUGGCAACACCAUCUUACAUCGGAUGGCAAAGCUGAUCAGCGCCCCGUGGAAGCUGAUAAAGACCUUGGCCUCGUUUUGGGGGCGCUGGGUCGGCUGGAGAGGCGCUAG